AUGGAUGCGCAACAACUCCACGUCGCUGGUAUUUCCGAGAGCGCCGACCAGCUGGAGUUGGACCAGGCGCAGACCAUGGAUUUACCUACGCCCACCCAGCACGGAAUACCCGCCGGGCCGGACGAGACCACGAUCGCAAAUGGCUACAGCAGCGACUCACGCGCCCACUACUCUUCCCACGACUUCCACUCCCCCACUCGAGAUUAUCACUCUCAAGAUGGCGAAGCCCCCAGAUCGAGUCACCCGUCACAACUGCCUUCCUCCUCGCGACCUAGCUCCGGCCUUUCCAACCACCCCGACCGCCUCGUAUCGCAACCCUUACAGGAUGUCAGCCAAAAGCAAACAUCGUCGCAAGCGAAGAAUAGCGUGGUGAUCAAGGUGGGUAUGGUCGGAGACGCUCAGAUUGGAAAGACGAGCCUCAUGGUGAAAUACGUGGAGGGCAGCUGGGAUGAGGAUUACAUUCAGACUUUGGGCGUCAACUUCAUGGAGAAGACCAUCUCGAUCCGGAACACGGAAAUUACAUUCUCGAUCUGGGAUCUUGGUGGCCAGCGCGAGUUCGUGAACAUGCUCCCCCUCGUCUGUAACGACGCAGUGGCCAUCCUGUUCAUGUUUGACCUCACGCGCAAGAGUACACUCAACUCGAUCAAGGAGUGGUAUCGUCAGGGCCGUGGCUUCAACAAGACUGCCAUUCCCUUCCUGAUCGGCACCAAAUAUGAUCACUUUGUCAACUUUCCCCGGGAAGACCAGGAAGAGAUUUCGAUUCAGGCCAAGCGCUUCGCCAAAGCAAUGAAAGCUAGCUUGAUCUUCAGCAGCACCAGUCAUAGCAUCAAUGUCCAGAAGAUUUUCAAGAUCGUCCUCGCCAAAGCUUUCGACCUCAAAUGUACUAUCCCAGAAAUUGAAAACAUCGGCGAGCCUUUGUUGCUCUAUAAGAACGUCUGA